AUGGAGGACAGGAAGAGACCAGCACUCACCAACACUGAUGACUUGGCCCCUCCGAGCAAGCGACAUCAACUAAACGGCGGCGGGAAGUCGAGAGAUGAUGGCGGCGACACAAAGGACGAAGCCUGGAUAGAGGACUAUCAAAAGGAUGCUAUCUACCGGCAGAUGCUGGAGUACAAGCGGGACAAAGUCACCCUCGAAGCACGUCUCGAAGAGGUCGAGAAAAAGUCGACAUACCACGAUGACCAUUUGAGGAUAAUCGAUGCCUGGUGGCUCCAGCUUCUACAGGAGUUGGAGUUGAUCAUUGACGGAUCUGUGUCAACUGCCCUCGAUACUCAAGAUUAUUCCUUUCCCACCGGCGUGCAUUUCCAGGAUAGUAAGGAUUUUCAAAAGCACUUGGGCGAAAAGGCAAAGUCGAUCAAGUCGUCUGUCGAUUCGCUUCUCGGUCGUCUUGCAGCUAGCGGAGGACCUGCAAAGUCAGAGGCAUCAGACCUGCAAAGUCAAUUAAAUACGGUCCUGGCGAGUGUGAAGGAGUAUCACGUACAGGUCGAGCGCUUGAACUCGGAGAAGGAGAGCCUAUCAGAGCAACUGGAUACGGCAACGUUGCGGUACAUCAAGGCUGAGAAGAAGCUUGACCGUGCCAAAAGCGCCCAGGUACAGAAGCUUGAGCAGCAAGCGCUAGCCAACGCCACAUCACGACCUGCCCCUGGAGCUGGUGAGAAUGGCAGUGGUUCUGUGGAGUCGUCUGCUCAGAAUGAGGCUCUGCAGCUCGAGUACCAGGAGGCAGUCGCUGUCAUCGCCAAGCAAAAAGAACAAGUCGAGCUCCUACGAUCAGAAAACAAGAGUUUGCAAGACGAAAACUCAACCAUCAAGACGCGAAAGGACAGUUUGACGGAUGAGGACUACGCGAGAUCGGAUAUAUUCAGGCAGUUCAAGGCUCGACACGAGGAUCUGAUUAAGAACAUCAACAACCUGGAAGCCGUCAACAAGACACUUCGAGAGGAAGCCGAGAAGUACCAAGCCGAGAGGACGUCUUUCCGCACUCAACUUGAAAGGGAAGCACAGGCUGUCACGGGCGAGUUGGAAGACCAGGUUCAGGCCAAGGAACAUGACUUGACUCGCAUCAGGUCGGUGAGAGAUGAGCUUGUGGCAGACUUGACCGUUCGAAAAGCUAGUCAAGAGCAAGAGAGGACGGCCCUCGAGCACAUAAAGGAGCUGGUCAGCGCCAAGGAGGACCGUAUAACCGCACUCGAGUUGGAAUUGGAGAGGCUACGACCAAGCGAGGAUGCUACAAUGUCAACCCCACGACCUGAGCUAGAGGCUUUAUCCGUGGAAGAACUGCGGGAGAAGUAUCUCAAGCUCGAAAAGGACUUUGCCUCUAUCCAGAGCGAAGUUCCCUCUGUCGAAAAAGCAUACAAAAAGGCUAUUUCUUUGGCACAGAAGAAGACCAUGGACUUCACAGCAUUGGAGGACAAGGUUCAGCUUCUGAUCCUCGAGAAGGGCAAGGCAGACCAGAAAUAUUUCGCCGCACGAAAGGAUACCGAUAUUCGUACGGGGGAGAUCCGGGCGUUGCGCCAUCAGAAUUCCAAGAGCUCAGAAAUCAUCCAGACUCUGAAGGACGUUGAAGCACAGAAUAAGGUUCUUCUGAGCAACCUGGAGAAACAGCUGGUCGAUUUCAAGCAGUCCAAUGCCACGGUGAUGGAGGAAAACAGGACGCUCAAGGCCUCGAACUCGGAAACUCUUCGCCGCGCAGAAUCAGCGAAAUCGCAAAUAGCAGAUUUGACAAAUCUGGUCAAGUCCAAGGACGCUGGCAAUGCAAGCAUGCGAGAACAGGUGAUGGAUAAGGAAACGGAGUGCGAGAAGCUCCGCGUCAGGCUCGAUCAUGUCCAGAAGGACCGAGACAGCUGGAAGGGCAAGUGCUUGGCCAAUUCAUCAGAGGAGGAAGAAAUGCUCAGGAAAUUCGCUACAUGCCCAGUGUGUCGCAACAACUUCAAGGAUGCGGUUGUCAAGACUUGCGGACACGUGUUUUGCCACGGAUGUCUCGAGACGCGGCUCAGCAAUCGUAUGCGGAAGUGCCCGACUUGUAACAAGGCAUUUGACAAGAUGGAUGUCAUGGCGGUGCAUUUGUAA